GCGGCUCGUCGUAGCCAUCGGCAACGUUGCCCGCCGCGCCAGCAGACAAGACAGAGAAAGAGCGCCGUAAGGGUGGCACUUGUGCAGCAACACACACCCAAUGUUUGUGUUUUCGAAUUUUUCGUGAUACCAAGAGAGAGUGGUUCGUGGCCGUUUGGCAAGGCAUGUAGCGCCGUCGUCGGGCCCCUCGAGAUGUGGACCACCACGAAAACAACCAAAUACGGCGUCGCUGUUUACAACUGGCGAGGGGAAACGCGGUAUGGCCUCCCAUUGGAGAUCGGCGAGACGGUGCAGAUAUUGGAGGAAUGCGCGGGAUGGUACAGAGGUUUCUCGACGAAGAACCGCGCGGUGAAGGGCAUCUUCCCCAGCUCGUUCAUCCACCUGAAGCCCUGCAAGAUCGAGAACGAAGGACUGUUCGAGUCGGUGAUACCCUUAGAGGAUCCAGUGGUCCGCGAAGUCACCUUGGUGCUACGGGAAUGGGGCGGCAUUUGGAAACGGCUCUACGUGGAGCGGGAGAACUACAAAUUCAUCACGCUGAGAAAGGUGAUGCGAGAGUUGCUGGAAUGGCGGCGGCAACUUCUGGCCGGCACUUUGACGACCGAUCAGACGCGGGAGCUAAAGCUGCGGAUCAUCAGCAAAGUGGACUGGGGAAAUCGGAAACUGGGCCUGGACCUGGUGCCGCGUCAGGGCGCCCAUAUGGUGGACCCGGAUACCAUGUCCGUGGUGGAGCUGUAUCACGUGCACGUCCAGAGCGCGGAGAACUCCCAGGGCGCGUCCGCGAGGGGCACUCUCAGACGGAAGGAGCACAGAAAGGUGCUCACCCACCACCUGUACUUCUACAUGAGGGACUUUGGGCACACGGUGGGCGAUGACACCGAGAUCUACUUCUCCCUGUACGACGCGAAGCGGAGCCAAUACCUGAGCGAGCGUUUCCUGGUGCGGAUAGUGAAGGAGGGCUUCUCGAGCUUCGUCGAGAAGGUGAACAGCAACUGCACGAUAUUCACCGACCUCGGGAACGCGGACCUGAGCAGGGACCUCUACAUGGUGGCACACGUGAUGCGGUGCGGCAGGAUGCUGUACUCCGACUCCGGCAAGAACAAAACGGGCACCGCGACCUACAGGAGGCCGCACGGGGUUGGCGUGCUGUCCCUGGCCGAGGCCACGCAGGAUCACACCGAGGAACUCGAGCUGUCGUUCAAGGUGUACCAAGGCGAGGAGAAGGACUUCCACCAGCUGCACGAGCAGAUUAUCCGCAACAACAAGUGUUCCCCGCUUCCCGGCCAGCCGAAUUACGGCAUCGUGGUCAUGAUGCGGGUCCUCCACGGCGAGUUGUCCCAAGUGAGGCUGGAGAAUCCCCUGCUCUUCAAGAAUAUCUGCCUGACGAAGAAGCUCGGCUUCUCGGACGUCAUCAUGCCGGGCGACGUGCGGAACGACUUGUACCUGAAACUGGGCCGCGGAGAGUUCGAGCGGGGCGGCAAGUCCACGGGGAAGAACAUCGAGGUGACCAUCUUGGUGCUGGACGUGCACGGGCAACCCUUGGAGGACUGUUUGUUCGGGGCCGCCGGAAUGGAGGGUAGUUCGGAAUACCAAAGCUUAGUCAUAUACCAUCACAAUAGUCCGGCGUGGGCGGAGACCGUUCGACUGGCCAUACCGAUUGACAAAUUCUACGGGAGUCACGUCCGCUUCGAGUUCCGGCAUUGUUCGACACGCGAGAAGAACGACAAGAAGUUAUUCUCGUUCGCCUUCGUCCGCCUGAUGGAACCCGGAGGCGCCACUCUUCAGGACGGGCCUCACGACCUGUACAUUUACAAGUGCGAAGACCGGACGAAGUUGGACUCGUUGAGCUACCUUUCGCUGCCCAGCUGCGCUCGAGAACCGAAUGCAACAGGUACGCCAGCGUUCUCCAGGUCGCCGAAGGAAAGCGUCCUCGUCCACACGUUGCUGUGCAGCACGAAGCUCACGCAGAACGUCGAUCUGCUGAGCCUGCUCCAGUGGAAGGCGCACCCGGAGCGGAUAUCGGACGCGCUGGGUCGCGUGCUGCGGCUGAACGGCGAGGAACUCGUGAAAUUCCUGCAGGACAUCUUGGACGCGUUGUUCUCCAUGUUCCACACGGAGUACGGGAACUCGACGACCCACUCCGGCCUGGUGUUCCAAGUGUUGGUCUCUGUGUUCAGCCUGCUGGAGGACUCCAAGUUCGAGCACUUCAAGCCGGUAAUGGACGCGUACAUUUCCGGUCACUUCGCGGCGGCGCUGGUGUACAAAGGUCUCCUGAGCAGCGUGCAGCACUGCGCGGACUGGGCAGCGAGGAGCACCGCCGACAAACAGGAGCCGAUCAACAAGUGCUUCCGUUCGCUGGAGUACAUCUUCAAGUUCAUCAUACAGAGCAGACUGUUGUUCGCCAGGGCGACGGCGGGCGAGCUCGAGGACAGCUUCAAGCGGGACAUUUCUCUGGUGUUCGCCUCGUUCAAAAUGAUGCUGGGCCUGCCCUACAAUCUGGUGCUCAACUCCCAGAUAGCUCUCCAUUACUCGAUCUCCGCGGUGUUCGAACAGUUGACCGCCGUACUGCCGGUACUGGAAGUAGCCAAGCUGGCGUGCACCUUGCUGGACGCCGGGUUCUCCAAUCCGCCGUUGCAGCUGACCCAGGCUAAGCUGAUGGCCAUCAAGAAUCUCACCACCUCGGCGUUGUUCCGCGAGGACGACGAGAGCAGGAACCUCUUGCUAGUCACCAUGUGUAGACACCUGAAGAUCCAUCUGAUAAGGCGCGAGGAGCUGCGAACCUGCACCGAAAUCCUCGGCGAGAUCCUCAGCUUCCUCCACAAGAGAGGCCGAGACACCAACAAGGUGAACAACUGCAUCCACCACGACGUGGAGACUCUGUGCUUGUCCAUUCUGGACGAGCUGAUCAAGACCAUCCUCAUCGUGAUCAACGCUAACGGCACCGUUCUGGGCUGCCUGGUCGCGUGCCUGAUAGGCCUGCUCCAGUUGCUGGACGAGUAUCAUUACGCCCGACUCUGGGAGGAGCUGACUCACACCGGAGAACGGAGGCCGCUCAAGGACUUUCUGGUGGCUGUGUUCAUGGUUCUCCGUGACCUGGUGCGACUCGAGGUGUUCCCGCCCGACUGGUUGGUGAUCAGGAUGCAAGCGAACAACGUGAUCCUCAAGUCUCUGCAGGAACUGGCGCAACCGCUGGCUUUCCGGUUUCUGCACGGCAGCUUCGACUCGCAGCUCUGGUCCACGUAUUUCAAUCUCGCUGUAGCGUACCUGACCCAGCCGUCCCUUCAGCUGGAACAGUUCUCCGAGGUGAAGAGGGAGAAGAUCGUCGAGAAGUACGGGGACAUGAGGGUGCUGAUGGGAUUCCAAAUACUCUCCAUGUGGUCUCAUCUCGGCGACCGGAAGCUGGAGUUCAUUCCUGGCAUGGUGGGCCCUUUCCUAGAGGUCACCUUAGUACCUGAGAGCGAGCUGAGGAAGGCCACGUUGCACAUUUUCUUCGACAUGAUGGAGUGCGAGCAGAGAGCGCGCGGCAGCUUCAGGUCCGUCGAGUCGGAGCUCAUCGACAAGUUGGACAUCUUGAUCAGCGAGAACAAGGGGGAUGACGAGUACAGGCAGCUCUUUAACACCAUGGAGCAUCUUAGCGCCGUAUUACUGGACAGAGUGCAGUCCGAGGACCCAGCGUGGAAGGAGAGCGGUACAGCCUUCAUCACGUCGAUCACGAGACUGUUGGAGAGACUCUUAGACUACAGGAGCGUCAUCCAGGGUGACGAGAACAGAGACAAACGGAUGUCGUGUACCGUUAAUUUAUUGAACUUCUACAAAAACGAGUUCAACCGGAAGGAGAUGUACCUGCGGUACAUCUACAAGCUCCACGAUUUGCACCUGGCGGCUGAGAAUUACACGGAAGCGGGAUUCACGAUGAAGCUGUACGCCGAUCAGCUCGGCUGGAGCUCGACGAUACUGCCCUCGGACCACACGCAUCCUCAGCAGCCCGAGUGGCAGAGAAAAGAGGUCCUCUACCACGAGAUCAUCCAUUAUCUGGACCGGGGCAAGUGCUGGGAGAAAGGCAUUCCCCUGUGCAAGGAACUGGCGGUGCUCUACGAGACUAGACUGUACGACUACGCGAAACUCAGUCACGUGCUGAAGACGCAGGCCAAGUUCCUGGACAAUAUAUUGACGCAACUUCGGCCGGAGCCCGAGUACUUUCGCGUCGGGUUCUACGGCCUCAGUUUUCCUCUCUUCGUUAGGAAUAAGCUUUUCAUCUAUCGCGGUCUAGAGUACGAGCGCAUAGGGGCAUUCACGCAGCGGCUGCAGACCGAGUUUCCGAGCGCACAAAUUUUAAUGAAGAACUCUCCGCCGGACGAGAGUAUCUUAACGUCCGAGGGACAAUACAUACAAAUCUGCAACGUGAAGCCCAUCCCCGAGGAGAGCAGCCUGGCCUGUCGCGGAGCGGAGGUUCCCGAGCGGAUCGUCGCGUUCUACCUCGUCAACGACGUGCGCAAGUUCCUGUUCGACCGGCCGCUGCACAGGGGCCCCGUCGACCGCGAGAACGAGUUCAAGUCGCUGUGGAUCGAGAGGACCACGCUGACCACCGAGGCCAAGCUGCCGGGCAUCCUCAGGUGGUUCGAGGUCAUCGAGAAGAGGUCCGAGCUGCUCGCGCCUGUACAGUACGCCUGCGAGACCAUGCAGAGCGUGGAGAGAGAACUCAGGAGACUUGUCGCGCAAUACACGGCCGAGCCCCAUCGGAACAUCAACCCGUUCAGCAUGAGACUGCAGGGUAUCAUCGACGCGAACGUGAUGGGCGGCAUCACCAAGUACCAAGAAGCUUUCCUCACGCCGGAGUUCGCCAGACAGAACCCAGACAUGGUGCCCCACGUGAAUAGGCUGAAGUCGUUGAUCCUGGACCAGAUGAGCGUGCUCGAGGCUGGACUGAAUCUGCACGGACAAAUCGCCCCCGCCGGGGUGCUGCCGCUUCACAACAGACUUCACGAGAGGUUUACGCAGCUGAAGCAGGGCCUGGGAACGCUGGCCAGGCAACGGACUAUUCAUCAGGACAGCAUCGUCAAUUCGCCCUUGCCACCGUUACCGGUCAACGAGAAGCAACGACCGGCCACGCUGGAGACUGCCGGGUCUAGAUCCUCUCACGCGGAAAGCGACGGUCUACCGGAAGACGAGGGUUUCUACACGAAAGUGGACGGCGGCCCGCCACCGAUUCCUCAACGCGAAGUGCGACCGCGUUCCGUUGGCUAUGGCACCACUCCGCCCAGGCCCACGCAUCAAAGAACCCUGAGCAAACCCUUGAGCCCCAAACUGCCGCUGAGACACUCUCUGCCGACGCCGACGGAUGGCGUCGAUCAGACCGGCUUGAGGACUUCUUGGAGCGAGCCUGGCCCCGAACCUGCGCCACCCCUUCCCCCAAGAGGUUGCACACCGGACAAACGAGAUUCGAACAGCAAUACCGUUGUGCCACCGGCGCCGCCUAAACGUUUAGCAUACAAACGCAACACAGAGUGGAGCACCGAUGACGACUCGGAAGCGCAGAACGAACCGAAUGACCUACGCGACAGCGGCAUAUCCACGGCCAGCCUGCUGGACUUCCAGUCGCACUUGACCAACCUGAACAACCUUGGUUAUGAGGACUUCGAGCCGCGGACAAGGUGCAACGAUAUCAUGAACAUAUCACCACCGUCGGUGAUCAACGCUCUGAACGCUUCAGGCAAUUUCUCGAGUGGAACGUUUCAGGGAUCGCACUCUCUUCCUGGUCAAGAGGUGAGCCCGCCGCCGAUUCCACCUAAGGCACAUCAGGACACUCCGUCAGCGCCGUCUACCCUGGAACGAGUGUCCAACCGGGUCCAGGUGCACGCCCAUUCCGAAAACUACUCGGUGCCGAAGAUGCAAACGUUGUCCGUGGCGUCCGACACAGAGAGCACUGUGUAGCAACGAUGAAUCUCCUAGUCCUUUAGCGCGGUUUAAUUUUGUGAUGUGCGCGUGCCACGAGUCGAGCAGACCCGACUGUAGAAUCGUAGAUAGUUGACCGGAACGGCUCCGAGGAUUCUCACGCGACUGCUGCCAAUCUCAUUGGAUUCGCGGAGCGAGGUCUCUGACAUUUGCACAUCAUUCAUAUACGUUAUUAUACACGUAAGAGAAUCCUGUAAUAAUCCAAAUGAAAAAGAAAAGAAAAACGUCUCUUGAAACUGUGUAAUUCGGCAUGGAUCGCACACUCAUCUGUGUAUAAUGUACCUUGGUAGAAAAUCGAUAUUGAGUAUUAAGACGCUGGAGGCGAGCCUGCAGCCACGUUUCCAGGUUCACGUCACGUCGUACGGGAUAGGCGUGAGUAAUCUGUAUUCGGAGUCGAUCGACUAACCGCUUAAGGUAAUGCGAAAGAGACUACGGCAUUUCUCGCGAUAAUUAUUCGUGCGGGAAUGCUCCGCCGGUUUUCUUCACUGUCGCGUAUACUCGAAGAAAGUCAAAUACUUUUUGCAACGGACGCUUGUGUUUGUUCGGUUGAACGUUCUGUUGCCACGGGUGCUGACGUGCUCGGCGAAACUAUACGCAGAAGCUUCUUUUAUCUCACAACCGACUUUCGAGCGAAGAAUAUAUUCGAUUCAGAGUUCGUCCGACCUGGCGACUUGUUCAAACGGAAACGUGGCUUAAAAUUCACGGAUGGUUCUAGUCGAACGCGAUUGAACGGGGAGCAUCUGACAGUAGUCUCGGCGUCGACGCGAAUAGUACACUGACUUUACGUUAAAGACGACGAUCUUCCGAACAUUUACCUAACUAUAUAUAUUUUGUAAUUUAUUUAUAUUUUCGAUGAGAAUAAAGGUAAUUUUUAUCAACGAGACUCUGCUGCAGACUCGUGCGAACACUUUGCAUCGUCUCUGUGUCCCCUCGGUCGCAUCCGUGCGAGAAGCUGAUCGGAUCCCGGGAUUCCCCGACUUUCCUCCGAGAGACGCGAGAGAGUAUCGAGAAAUCGCGACAGUCCGAA